ACUUUUGGCAAAUGCAGAUGUCGCCCUCUGCUGGAUAUUGUGUAGAACGCACUUCCGCAUUGAAAACCGGAAGUUGGUGAAUUUUCCUGCCGGUGAUGGACAAGUUUUGCGAGGAACGUGUGCAGGUGCUAUUUGGGACCAAAUGUUUGGAGGCUACAUUGUGCGUUCCUACCUCCUCAGGGCACAAAGUUACCACAGCUAUCAUACUGACCCAUGGAGCUGGUGGAGACAUGAACUUUAGUCAUCUUGUUUCUCUGGCACACUCUUUGGCCUCAAAGGGCUUCCUGUGUCUCCGAUUCACAUGCAAAGGUCUCAACUUGGCGUAUAGAGUGAAGGCUUAUCGUGCGGUGUGGCACUACUUGAAAUCAUUGCCGAACUGGACCAUAAAGAACAUGUUCUUUGGAGGCAGGUCAAUGGGUUGCCGUGCUGCCGCCGCCUUGGCCAAGCAACUAAGUGAUGAAUCGGAAGGUGCCGUGCAGGGUGUCGUCUGUUUGUCCUUUCCGCUACACCCCCCAGGACAGACUCAUGCCCAUCAACAGCGCAGUGAAGAUCUCCGGAGGCUACCGGAAAACAUGGCUGUCCUCUUUGUUUCAGGCACAGAGGACAACAUGUGUGAUAGGGUCCUUUUUGACGCAACAUUAAAGAAGAUGAGCGCUCAAGUGGAGGUUUUCUGGCUGAGUGGAGGAAGUCAUGGCCUGAAAGUGUUGGGAAGGUCAGAGGAGUCUGUAUUAGAGGAGGUGAACUCUCAUGUUAUCACCUGGCUCACCAAAUGGGGGGCAUAGAUAACAUUACAAUGUCUCUCGUUUUGUCUUUUGUGAAAUAAAGUGCUGUAAUAAAUCUGUAAUGUAACAUACUUCAUCAAAUACUGUAUAUGAA